AUGAAGCUUCUUAGUCUUGUUUUCUUGGUGCCUUUUAUUGCGGCCAUUUUCCUCGAAGGUAAUGGUAACGGUGGAGAAAGACAUCAUAGUGGAGGUGGUGGAUUCUCGUCUUCUUCUUCGUCUUCUGGAUCAUCUGGUUCUUCUGAAGAACAUGGACACCAUCAUGGGCAUAGGCCACCCCACACCCCCAUAGACCACCACCACCCAGAAAGCAAUGUGAUGAGGGAUGGAUGA